CAUGAUCUCCAUCUGCCUCCUCCUCGCGCUCUCCUCAGGCCUCGUUCACGCCCAACCCUCCAACUGGCUCCGCAGGUUCACCCCAGGCUCGCGUGAUGAUGGCAGCUGGCUGUGGAGCUGGGCUUGGGCCUCCGAUGGCACAGUCUCCGUAGUCGACCGCUCUCCUUCAGUCACUUUCCCUGCCCGGCCAGCGUCCUUCGGCCUCGAGCUCACAGACCCGCUACUGGGAUAUGUGAUCCCUCUUUCUGCCUUCACCGCACCCUGCCCUUAUGAUCCCGACAACUCGACAUCCCGGAGGCAUUCGUUUGACCCCGACGCUGUUUUCGGAUGCCCGGAACUCUGCACAAUCGGGAACCAUGAGCCCGAGACCACAGAUACCUGGAUCGCUCUGGUCCAGCGCGGCGGCUGCCCCUUUGUCGAGAAGGCACGACAGGCGCAGAAGCUCGGAGCAAGAGCGGUUGUUGUGGGCGGAGAUCGGGACAACCCUGACGCUCUCCUGAACAUGUUCAGUGAAAGGGAUGCGUCUGAUGUCACCAUUGCUGCGACGUACAUCAAGUACUGGGAUUAUGUGCAGUUGUCGCAUAUGAUUGCCGUAUCAAAUACCACCCACUCUGGACUCAAGACCCUCUCUCUCCUGCUGAACACCGAGUAUUCUGCAUGGGAAUGGUACUCCCCCAUCAUAACCUUCAUUAUAAUACUUCUAUUGCCCUCUCUCCUCACCUUCAUCACGCUCCUCAUCCACCGCGUUCGCGCUGCACGGGCUGCGCAGCGCGACCGCGCCCCCGAAAGUGUCGUGCACAACCUUCCUUGGCGGGAAUGGACAGGGACAGGCUGGGAGAAGCACGAGCCUACUUCCGACCCCGCGGAGCCCUCGUCUACACCCGAUCCAGACCUCGAGCGCGGGCCGGAUGCCCCGGUUGCGUCGACGUCGCACGACCUGCCGCUGCCCGCCUGGGUCGAAGAGCAAAUGGAGUGUGCGAUCUGCCUGGAGAUGUUCGUGAAGGGCGAUCGCGUGCGCGUGUUGCCAUGCUACCAUUUGUUCCAUAUCGCGGAGAUCGACGAGUGGCUCAUCCACAAGAAGAAGCUGCAUGGUGCUCAUGAAAGCCCCCAGUGCCCAAUAUGUAAGGCGGAUGUGACGCAACCCCGAGGCCACCCUUCCGAUCACUACUCGGGAGACCAACCCUCCGCCGAACACUCCGACCCGGAGCAACUUCCGUCCUCGUCCACACCUUCUCGCUCCCCCUCCACGGUUCCGCAGCCCACCGAGAGGACACCGCUCCUGCAGACCUCGGGACAGCCAUCCAAUGACGAGGCGCCACAGUCCGCCUCAUAA